AUGGGCUCGCAGGUGCUGCAGAUCCUGCGCCAGGGCGUGUGGGCGGCGCUGAGCGGCGGCUGGUACCAGGACCCGCACCAGGGCGCGGGGGUCAACGCGCUGCACCUCUACCUGUGGCUCUUCCUGCUCGGCUUCCCCUUCACGCUGUACAUGGCCCUUCCUUCUUCCAUGAUGAUAGUAGCUGUCUACUGCCCAGUGAUAGCAGCUCUCUUUAUCGUUCUGAAGAUGGUGAAUUACCGGCUGCACAGGGCACUGGAUGAGGGAGAAAUUGUGGAAAGGAAUGCCCAUGAGCAUUUGGACAGAGGUGGAAAACAAGAACAAGGCAGUAUUUCAGCCAAGAGGAAAGACAGCAAUGGGCCCAGUGAUCCUGGUGGAGGGAUUGAGAUGUCAGAGUUCAUACGAGAAGCGACUCCCCCGGUUGGCUGUAGUUCACGCAAUUCCUAUGCUGGGGUAGAUCCAAACAACCAGGUUGGAUCUGGGUUAUCUCGUCUGGGAACGGCAGCGACCAUCAGAGGAGAUACAGACACUGCAAAGACUUCUGAUGAUAUCAGUUUAAGUCUUGGCCAGAGUUCUAGCCUAUGUAAAGAGGGGAGUGAAGAACAAGAUUUGGCAACUGAUCGGAAGCUUUUUCGUCUGGUGUCCAAUGACUCAUUUGUCUCCAUCCAACCCUCGCUCUCCUCUGGACAGGAUUUGCCAAGAGACAGCAGUGACAAAGUGUGCCUCUCGAACAACCAGCUUGUGGACCAGUCCAAGUCUAGUGCAUGUGACACCGAAGUCGCUUCGCUUAUAACUUUGCAUUCUCACUCCUAUAGAAAGGAUCACAGACCACGAGGUGUACCAAGGACUUCUAGCUCUGCUGUUGCUUUCCCAGAUGCUUCGCUAAAUGACUUCCCUCUCUAUCAGCAAAGACGAGGACUAGAUCCUGUCAGUGAGUUAGAAGCUUCUAAGCCCCCUGUGGGAUCCAAAGAGUCCUUGGCUGACAGCUCUUGCAUUUCAGGAGUCUUUCAACUGGAUGACAUUCUGAAAAGCAGCAGCCCCCAGCCAUUAGCCAAGGGUGGGAAAAGCAGAUCCUUGAAAGCAGACAAAAGUGUGGACAGUCUGAGAAGCUUGAGCACCAGAAGUAGUGGCUCAACAGAAAGCUAUUGCAGUGGGACUGAUCGUGACACUAACAGUACUAUCAGUAGCUAUAAGAGCGAACAUACAAGCUCAACGCAUAUAGAAAGUGUGCUGUCAGAGCACGAGGAGGAGUCUCCUAGGGAAGAAAAGGACCGCAGGAACAAGGGCUGUGGUGUGGACUCGGAGGAUGACAGUAGCUCCACUACUGACAAAAGGACUAGUAGUGAAAGGACUACUGUGGAAGCGAGCACCAACAGCGGGGCUCAAGGGGCAAGGGGUUCCAACUCCUCGGAUGAAGUGCAGGGCCAGAAAGGUCUCAGUGCUUCUGCUGCCGAGGAGGCCAAUAAGAACCCCCAUGCCAAUGAACUGACUACACAGGUUGACAGGCCACCUGGGAAAGCAGCUGAACAAAGAGAUGAGCAGAGUGAGAAAACAGCUAUGUUAGUAGAUUCAAGAACUUCUAAAGAAACAGGUGGAAAACACAAAGAAGGAGACGUUCGACCAAAAUCUUCUAGCUUAAUUCAUCGAACAGCCUCUGCACACAAAUCCAGCCGGAGACGGACAGCAAAAAAGCGGGCUAGCAGUUUUGACUCAAGCCGGCACAGGGAAUAUGUUUCCUUCCGAGGCGUAUCUGGUACUAAACCCCACAGUGCUGUGUUUUGUCACGAUGAGGAUUCCAGUGAUCAAAGUGACUUGAGCAGGACGUCAAGCUUGCAGUCAGCUCACCAGUUCAGCAGUGAUAGCUCUUCCAGCACCACCUCUCAUUCAUGCCAGUCACCUGAGGGGAAGUACAGUGCUCUAAAGACCAAAUACAUUGCUAAAGAGCGUGGGGGCACGGACGCUGAAAACAUUCACAAAACCCACUUAAGCUCUGAAGGAAUUAGCAAAAAAAGAUCCACGCGACGGACUUCUAGCACAAACAGUGCCAAGAAUCGUGCCAGAGUUUUAAGCCUGGACAGUGGUACUGUGGCUUGUUUAAAUGACCCACAUAGCUUAAUGGCACCAGGUAACAUAAAACAAUUAACCACUUCAAAAUCUGAUUUGGAGGCCAAAGAGGGAGAGGUGCUAGAUGAGCUAUCUCUGUUGGGAAGGGCUUCACACUUAGAGUCAGUCACUCGCUCUAGGAAUAGCUUACCAAGCCAGGCUACAUUUCCUGAAGGAGAGGAACAAGAAUCAGCAAGUGGAGCAGCACAAGCCAGCGAGGAGACUGUCACAUUUCGCCGUGAACGCAGCACAUUUAGGCGUCAGGCAGUACGACGCCGGCACAAUGCAGGGAGUAACCCUACCCCUCCUACAUUGCUCAUCGGAUCACCCCUCAGCCUUCAAGACGGUCAGCAAGGCCAGCAGCCCUCCUGCCAGGCCGCAGUGCAGUCGUGCCCCCCCUGCCAGGCCGCUGGGCUCAGCGCUAGCACCUCCUUGCUGGUGAGAAACGGCAGCGUCCACUUAGAUGCCUCUCAUGCCACUGCGUCUGCUGUAGGCGGUAGCAGUUUGCACGAUGACCUUGGUAAGUUCAGUUCUACGCUCUACGAGACAGGGGGCUGCGACAUGUCGCUUGUGAACUUUGAGCCAGCUGCAAGAAGAGCAUCCAACAUCUGUGACACGGACUCUCAUGUAUCGAGUUCUACCUCAGUUCGCUUUUACCCACAUGACCUACUUUCUCUUCCCCAGAUCAGACUGAACAGGCUGCUAACCAUAGAUACAGAUCUGCUGGAGCAGCAAGACAUUGACCUGAGCCCUGACCUUCAGGACCCCAUGCAACCUCCAGAGGAAGCAGCACAAAAAGUCAAGCAGUACUAUCGCUUUUGGAUCCUGCCCAAGAUUUGGAUCAGCAUCAAUUUUGAUAGAUUAACUCUUUUGGCUUUAUUUGAUAGGAAUCGCGAGAUCCUUGAAAACGUGUUAGCUGUCAUCCUAGCUAUUCUAGUUGCAUUUCUGGGUUCUGUACUUCUUAUAGAGGGCUUUUUCAAGGAUAUUUGGGUCUUCCAGUUCUGCCUGGUAAUAGCCAGUUGUCAGUACUCACUGUUGAAGAGUGUUCAACCAGAUUCUUCUUCCCCUCGACACGGUCAUAACCGUAUCAUAGCCUAUAGUAGGCCUGUAUAUUUCUGUUUAUGUUGUGGUCUUAUUUGGCUGUUGGAUUAUGGCAGCAGAAACAUAUCUACAACAAGAUUUAGGUUGUAUGGAAUGGCUUUCACCAACCCAUUGCUGCUGCUGUCAGCCAGGGACUUAGUUAUAGUGUUUACACUAUGUUUCCCCAUAGUAUUCUUCGUUGGUCUCCUGCCUCAGGUGAACACGUUUGUGAUGUAUCUCUGUGAACAGUUGGAUAUUCACGUCUUUGGUGGUAAUGCUACCACAAGCCUGCUUGCAGCACUUUACAGUUUUAUCUGUAGUAUUGUGGCAGUAGCACUGUUGUAUGGACUAUGCUAUGGUGCCCUGAAGGAUUCUUGGGAUGGGCAGCAUAUUCCAGUUCUCUUCUCCAUAUUUUGUGGCUUGUUAGUGGCCAUAUCGUAUCAUCUCAGCAGACAAAGUAGUGACCCUUCCGUACUUUUCUCUUUAGUGCAAUCAAAAUUUUUUCCUAAUUCCGAAGACAAAAACCCUGAGGAUCCUCUGUCUGAAGUAAAAGAUCCCUUACCUGAAAAGCUUAGAAAUUCUGUGAGUGAACGCCUGCAGUCCGACCUGAUUGUGUGUGUUGUCAUUGGUGUGCUCUAUUUUGCAAUUCACGUCAGCACAGUAUUUACAGUGCUACAGCCUAUUUUAAGUUAUGUUCUCUAUGCAUUGGUGGGUACAGUAGGCUUUGUGACCCAUUAUGUUCUGCCUCAACUCCGAAAACAACUUCCUUGGCAUUGUUUUUCUCACCCGUUGCUGAAAACCAAGGAAUACUAUCAGUUUGAAGUCCGAAAUGCUGCACACGUUAUGUGGUUUGAGAAACUUCAUAUUUGGCUCCUUUUUGUAGAGAAGAAUGUUAUCUACCCAUUGAUAGUCCUCAAUGAGCUUAGUAGCAGCGCUAAGAAUAUUGCUAGUCCAAAGAAACUGGAUACAGAGUUGGGUGCUUUAAUGAUCACAAUAGCUGGCUUGAAGUUACUCCGUUCAUCAUUCAGUAGCCCAACGUGCCAGUAUGUCACUGUUAUUUUCACAGUGCUUUUCUUUACUUUUGAUUACAAAAGUUUUACUGAGACCAUGCUGCUAGAUCUCUUCUUCAUGUCCAUACUCUUCAGCAAGCUUUGGGAACUCUUUUAUAAAUUAAAAUUUGUAUAUACCUACAUUGCUCCCUGGCAGAUCACGUGGGGAUCUGCAUUCCAUGCUUUUGCGCAGCCCUUUGCUGUGCCACAUUCUGCAAUGUUGUUUGUCCAAGCAGCUGUGUCAGCUUUCUUUUCCACUCCGCUGAAUCCUUUUCUGGGAAGUGCAAUAUUCAUCACUUCAUAUGCCAGACCUGUUAAAUUCUGGGAAAGGGACUACAAUACAAAGCGUGUGGAUCACUCAAAUACAAGACUGGCUUCCCAGCUUGAUAGAAAUCCAGGUUCAGAUGAUAACAACCUGAAUUCAAUUUUCUACGAACAUUUAACCCGUUCCCUUCAGCACAGCUUAUGUGGAGACUUGUUGUUGGGUCGGUGGGGAAACUAUAGUACAGGAGACUGCUUCAUCCUAGCCUCUGACUACCUCAAUGCACUCGUACACCUUAUAGAGAUAGGAAAUGGCCUGGUCACCUUUCAGCUAAGGGGGCUAGAAUUCAGAGGAACCUAUUGCCAGCAACGAGAAGUAGAGGCCAUCACUGAAGGUGUAGAGGAAGAUGAAGGCUUCUGUUGCUGUGAACCAGGCCACCUUCCUCACACGCUGUCCUUCAACGCUGCCUUUGGUCAGCGCUGGCUGGCGUGGGAAGUGCUUGUAACAAAGUAUGUGCUGGAGGGCUACAGCAUCACUGACAACAGCGCUGCUUCCAUGCUGCAAGUCUUCGAUCUGCGAAAAAUUCUCACCACUUACUACGUGAAGGGAAUCAUCUACUACGUCACCACAUCCCCCAAGCUGGAGGAGUGGUUAGCUAACGAGACGAUGCAGGAGGGACUGCGCUUGUGCACUGACCGCAACUACGUUGAUGUCGACCCAACGUUUAAUCCCAACAUUGAUGAGGAUUACGACCACCGGCUGGCAGGGAUCUCAAGAGAGAGUUUCUGUGUGAUUUACCUGAACUGGAUAGAGUACUGCUGCUCACGGAGAGAAAAGCCACUGGAUUCCAGUAAAGACUCAUCCCUGGUGACGCUGUGUUAUGGACUGUGUGUUCUAGGUCGCAGAGCAUUGGGGACAGCUUCCCAUCAUAUGUCUAGUAAUCUGGAAUCCUUCUUGUAUGGCCUGCAUGCCUUAUUUAAGGGUGAUUUCCGAAUAUCUUCGAUUAGAGAUGAGUGGAUCUUUGCUGACAUGGAACUACUAAGGAAAGUGGUGGUUCCUGGAAUACGCAUGUCGCUUAAACUGCAUCAGGAUCACUUUACUUCUCCAGAUGAAUAUGACGACCCGUCUGUCCUCUAUGAAGCCAUAACAACCCAUGAAGAAAACCUGGUUAUAGCACACGAAGGGGACCCUGCGUGGCGCAGCGCUGUUCUCUCGAAUUCUCCUUCUCUCCUCGCUCUGCGUCACGUCAUGGAUGAUGGCACCAAUGAGUAUAAGAUCAUCAUGCUCAACAAACGCUAUCUCAGUUUCAGGGUCAUUAAGGUGAAUAAGGAAUGUGUGCGUGGCCUGUGGGCAGGACAACAGCAGGAGCUCGUCUUUCUGCGUAAUCGUAAUCCAGAAAGAGGGAGUAUCCAAAAUGCGAAACAAGCCCUAAGGAACAUGAUCAACUCCUCUUGUGACCAGCCCAUUGGAUACCCCAUCUAUGUGUCACCUUUGACUACUUCCUACUCGGACAGUCACGAGCAGCUUAAGGAGAUUCUUGGCGGAGCUAUCAGCUUAGGGAAUAUCAGAAACUUCAUAGUGUCCACCUGGCACAGACUAAGGAAGGGGUGUGGAGCUGGCUGCAAUAGUGGUGGAAAUAUUGAAGAUUCAGAUGCUGGAGGUGGCACUUCUUGCACAAGCAACAAUCCAACUAUCAAUGAGUCGCAGAGCAGCAUGUCGCAAGGAGGAGGAAUUGCAACUACAGGGCAGGGUCCUGGAGCAGUGCAGCACCCUCCUGUCACAACUCAUCCCACAGCUCAUUCUGCAACUCAUCCUCCAGCUCACCCCUCAACUCUGGGCACCAGCCACAGCUCUCACUCGGUGCAGUCGAGCCUCGUGAGACAUUCCCCUGCGCGCGCAUCGGUCGCCAGCCAUUCGUCCUACUGCUACGGCAGCCGCCACUCGUCGCUGCGCACGUCGGCCACGGGCUUCGUGCCCUGCCGCCGCUCCUCCACCAGUCAGAUCUCCCUGCGCAACCUCCCGUCCUCCAUCCAGACCCGCCUCUCCAUGGUGAACCAAAUGGAUGCUGCAGGGCAGCCUGGGGGCAGCGUGCAGCACGGCCUACCUUCUUCCAGCAGCUCCAGCCAAAGCAUCCCGGCCUGCAAGCAGCACGCCCUCGCCGGCCUCCUCGGCACGGAAGGAGGCAAUAACGGCGCGGAAGGACAGCCAGGUGCUAACGCAAGCCCUGCGAAUCAAAUGCAAGCCAGGAAGGAUGAAGUUAUUUACAGAAUCCAGAUAAUGGACCCUACUCAAGUACUGGAAGGGAUCAACAUGUCAAAAAGGAAAGAGCUGCAGUGGCCAGAUGAGGUGAUACGGUUAAAAGCUGGAAGAAACAGCUGGAAAGACUGGAGUCCUCAGGAAGGCAUGGAAGGCCAUGUGAUUCACCGCUGGGUGCCUUGCAGCAGAGAUCCAAGUAGUCGGUCCCACAUAGAUAAAACCAUCUUGCUGGUUCAGAUUGAAGAUAAAUAUGUUGCUGUUGUCGAAACUGGAGUCCUCGAACUUGGGGCUGAAGUGUGAAUCUCUGUGACAGUUAAAAUUCCCCUUCUCUGAAGAGAGGAGGGGCCACAAGCAGCAGCUCCCAGGGCAUGAAACUUGGGUCUAGUUGUAGGAAAGGACUUGAAACACAGAUUUGUUAAGUCCCUUGCCCCAAAUACACAAGUGUAAGAAAUUUUUAAGUUGUUAGCUGCUGAAGAAACAUUUGCAUGAAGGAUAGAUUUGUUGAGACAUAUCUUGUUUAUAAAUUUUGUUUAUGCAUUGCGUAAUGCUUUAAAUCAACAAACUUUUCAGUUCUAAGAUCAGAGCACCUCAUAUUUUUCUAAUUGUUUUGCCAAAAAUUGCCAUGUCUUGUCACAGAGUACGUGGAAUUUGUUCACCUUAUUUUAAAGAAAUUGAGUAACGUACAAACCUUCAGUUUGAAACAUAAUAUAGAGGUUUCAUGCGUGGCAAGAAGAGACUGAACAGAUGUAUAGAUUCUUACUCCUUAUGAGCUAAAACAUUGAGAACUGCACUAAUUUUUUUACAGCAAUGCACUAAAAAAAAAACACCCCUGAGAUUGCUGAGAACAUUUAUUUAUAUAUAUAAAUAUAAAUAUAUAAAAUACCAUUAUUUAAAUUGCCUUUGGGAUUAAUCCCCUCCCUUUCAAUAUACACGUUGAUGGUAAGGGCUGUGCCAUGGGUUUGGUUCAACAAUCUGUAUUUCGUACAAGUGCAUUUGCUGCAUCUUCUUCACAAUAAAUGGUAAAAUAACAACCGUCUAGAAACGUACCUGAGUAUCCCUGGACUACCUGAGAUUUUUACUGCGGUGGCAGUGGUACAUUAAGUCUGUACAACACAACACAUCUAGCUUUAAAUUGGACCCCAAUAUACUCUUUAAUCUGUCCUCCACUAGCUGGCCGCGGCUCCUUUACUACUUUAUACCCCGAGCUGGUUAUGUUACUUUGCUGGCUCUUCUCUGGCAGAGAGUUAUUUUUGUGGUUGUUUUCUUAAUGGAGAAGGGCAGGUCCGUUGUUUCAUGGAUUCUUGAAGUUUUUUGAUUCCAUCCAUUAAAAAUUAAAAAAAAAAAAAAAAAAAGACUUUAUCUUUUAAAAAGCUUUUAUAGAAGGCACAGCCCUAAACUUGUAUCACUUUUACCACCUUGCCUUUUCUUUCCCUUUAGUCUUCAUUCUUUUCUAUGACUUGAAUUUUAUUUUCAAUUAUUAUAUAUUCUAUGUAAGUGUAAUUUGAGUAUUUAUAACUGUGAAGUUGAAUUAUUCAUGUGUUACAUAUCCUAGGUUUUAUUGUAUUUUUUAAAAUGUGUGUAUUCAGGGAAACAACUCAGAACUAUCAUGGGAGUGUGAGAGGGAACCUGCGGUUUGUUUUUUUGACUUGCAGCUCCUAUGAAUCACUUCUCUUAAUCCAUAAGAAAGAAAGAAAAGAAAGAAAAAAAGUCCCUGUUGUGAUUGUUUCCUGUUUCAGACCUGUAAUAACGUAGGACUUUGUGGGAACCUGCUCGCAGUCCUAGCCUUUGGGAGCAGCCAUCUUCUUCCAGGUCACUUCCACCUCUUCCGAAAUGAUGUAACCAGGAGACACGUCUGGUAACGUCACCAAGAUCGAGAUCUUCUCUGGCGUCAGAGAAACCUUGUUCGUUGUAUACCUAAUGUAAGAGUGAAAUUAAGCGGGGUGAGAGAAAAUGCAGGGAGAAAUAGCUAAAAAUGAUAUUUUGACUCAAGUCACUGUAUGCUUUCUAGCCAUGAGAGGAUGAAUUCUCCAUGCCUGGUAGCUCGUCAGUUGGCUAACAUUGGUCCCAGGGUAUUGUACUGGGGCCUUGCUUACAUGAGACUUUGCAAAGCUUGUACUCCCAUCUGUGCAUUUUACUUUUCUCUUUAUGCACAUGCAGUCAUAUUUAAUCUUGGUAUAAAUGUACGGUUCUGGAUCUGCCACCACGGAAGUAAUUUUGCUGUUCCACAUAGUUUAUGAGAAUUCAUCUCUUGCAUCUCUGAAACGUAGCACAAUAGAUGGACCUUUCUUCAGCACUCUUGUAACUUGGUUUUCAGGAGCAAAGAGAAGGUGUGUGUGUGUUGGAAUUGAAGCCAUUUUAAUUGAGGUUUUGUUCUGUGUACUUCCCUCCAGAUAUUUAAAGGGUAUUGUGUACAACUAGGGAUAUUGCCCCAUACAGAUUCUUUAAAAAAUUAUUUUGGAAGUAGGCUCUUGUUUUUAUACUAAUUUCAGAGUUGUUUUUCUGUAUUGAAAAGAAAUUGAAGUUAUAUCUGGAGGUAGAAGACUGGCAGGGGGAGGAAAGGUAUGUCAAGUUGUUUAAAACUUGAUUGAGGCAACACUGUCUAUUUUAAUGAUGACUUUGAACAAUCUUUUUUACUCUUUAAGGCAGAAUAGUGGCAAUGUCCAUUGGCAGAGUAUGUGGUAGGAAUCAGUAACCUGCUAACAUUGCUUUUUUUUUUUCUCUUAAUUGCCUGGAAUCAAAUUAGGAAACAGUAGAUGAGAGAAAAAGAGAAAGACCUUUCUGAAGAGGUGAGGAGAGUUGAUGACUUCUUGUUCCUUUUUUUCCUUAAGAUUUCCAGUGUGCUGCCAUGAGGAGAUGGAUCACAAUGUGAACAGCUAACAGGUUAAUAGCUUUUCAGAUAUCCAGCAAACCCUUGUUACAAAACCAUUCAAAUAGUUUUUUUGCCUAAUCCAGAUCCACUCAACUGAAACAACCUAGUUGCAAUUUCACUCUUCCAUAAGGUUUUGCAAACACCUUUUUUUACAAUUUUCCCUUAUUCUGAACUCUUGAUUAAUAUAUAAAUGCGUGCUGAUUUGUGUGAAGUUAAUUUCUUCAUUCCCCUGUAAAAGUGUCAAAACCUAUCAGGUAUCUUUUUCUAACUCCCCUCAGGAUAGGCUUGUCCAUGGAAGACUAUUCCAGAUGGACAUAAGUUUAUUUUUAUUCUGUUCUCUCUGGCUGUAGUCUUGAUUUUCUUCUGUUUUGAGUAUAGAACGGGUAGUUCUUUCCAGAUUAGUGACUUGUCAGUCUAGACAGGCCUCAGCCUAGAGUGCUUAGAUCUUUCCAAACUUCCAUGAAAACCCUUUCUAGAAGUGUGCUUUAACUCUGUGCACUCAUCUGAUGUGAUGAUGAUGAUGAUGUUCUGCCAGACCAACAUUCCAGUUCUUGUGUUCUAGUCUCCAGGUAGGUCCCCAUCUGUUGUUUCCCUCAGAUUUCUUUAAAGGUGGUAUCUGUAGAUACAUGCAUAAAGACUUACUGCUCCACUGAAAUAAUUACAGAGAAAUGCUUAACGCUGCUAAGCAGGUUAUGUUGAUCAGUAAAAUGGUUGUUAAUUAUUUAAAAAAAAAAAAAAAAAAGCUUUUUCCCACUUCACUUGCCUGUGAGAUCUUUUUAAAUGUUCUCAUUUUUCUUGACCUAACACCUGUAUGUGACACUGCUGAUGACAGCUAGAAUUGAGAUGCCCUUUUGCCACAGGGUGGCUGUGGAGCAAUGAGUUCUGGGCAUCUCUGUUGUGAUUCAGCAUUUGUGAUGUGACUUCAGCGUGGGGAGGGCUUGUUGUGCGGGUGGGACUUCAGUUGGUUGGGAUUUUUUGGCAAUCCCAUUCUAGGGUGAAUGUCCCAUGGCUGUUUUUCCCGGGACAGUUGCACUCUUCUUAGGCAUUGACCUCAGUUUUCCUAUGAGCUGUGUAGCUCAGGGCCAGGUGUUCUCACCCUGCAUACGCAGCCCCUUUGUGAAAUGAACACUUAAGACCAGCCUAGAUGACGGAUGAGAUGGAAGGUGAAAGCAGUUGGUUGUCUGCAAAGAAAGCUUGAUCCCACGUGGGAUGGUGGCAGGAGAAGAGAGGCCUCCCAGUCAGAUCCGAUGUCAGUCAAAUCCAAUGUCGUCUCACCUCACUGAUAAGACACACACCACCGUACGACCCAGGCAUGUAGACACAAAAACGUUCCUUUAAAGAUCUUGCUCAGUUACAGGACUUCUCAUUCACAAAAUGGAGCAGGAUAGAUUGCAUUUCUUACUAUUAAUAUUAUUCAAACUAUGUAACUUAGGUUGGAUUUGGGGUUAUACCACCACAGGUUUUAUGUACUUAAUUUUAUUAAGGAAUCUUAUACCUAUUAUAUAGGCAUCUACUUUUUUUUGUCUGGCUUCGUAUUUGAUAACUUAAUGCAGUACGUUCAGUGAAGCUGGAGAAAUUAUACUGGUUAAUUACCAGUGCCUUAGUAAAAGAGUGGGUACAUAACACUUUGGUGGGAAGUAAAGCAUGUGGCUCGUUUCACCCCAGCAUGAUACGCGUAUUUCCAGACAGGUGAUUGCAGAUGGCUGCUCCAAAAGAUUUCAGGAGUAUACAUGCACCACUCACAAUCA